CGUUGAAAGGUUUUCUAGGCUUUUUUCCAGAGAAAAAACGACUAGAGACCCGCGCUUGACGUCUUUUUUGAUGAUAUGGGACUGGAAAGGGAAGAUUGUAAUGCCGGACCUGGUCCGACACAGGACCUCAAAGGGUUAAAGAGUCUUGUGUCUCCUUUGUAUUCCUCCCCAGCUGAAGCCUCAGGAACAGAUGUAUUUCAGGAACCCCAUAGAAGUGGCCCGGAAUCAUUUUGAACAAAUUGCACAGGUGUCCGUGUUCCAGAAGAAGCAGAUGGCGCGUGUCCUGGCUUUUUACAAGUACAAAUCCUCGGAGUUGGAGAUCAAGCUGCAGGAGGAGAGCAAGCUCAGCAAACAGCGGGAGAGUGAACUGGCUGAGCUGAGGAAGGAGAAUUCAGAGCUCAAGAAUCUCCUGUCACAUGUCAAGUUGUCUCAGAGUCCUCUACAACAAAACAGUUUUUUUGUUGUUGUUGUUUCAUACAGGGGCAAUCGGAUAUCGAGGCCAGUAGCCAUUACGUCUCCUACACUAGUAAGCCCUAGAAGAAGCAGCUGUCAAGUCAGCCGCUCAGACUCGAUGGAAUCACUGGAGCAGUACAGAGGAAACAGAUCUGGAGGUGCCAUCACCCCGGGGAGUGUCAGCACCAUGUCAGGCAGAAGCACACCGCAGGACCCAAAUUUCAGAACUCCCACCAGUGUCUCUGGAGGAGUGCUGGCCGGCAGAACCCCCAGCAGUUUGUCCCGGACCCCUCGCCUGCUCCAGUUCCAGUUCAGUUCUGGUUCCAGCCUCCAGUCGCUCCCUUCCCCCAACCCUCGAAUAUUCACAGGUCAGCCAGGUCAAAGCAGUGGUCAAGCUCGAACACCUCAGCUGUUAUCUUACACACAGUCGUCUUUGAAUCAGAACAGAGAAAGGUUCUGUUUUUUUACCACAGGCGUUUCUAGCCAGACUUGAGUUACACACAAGCCUGAUGAGAGCCAGAGAAAGACAUCCGAGAGAGACAGAGAGAGAGAAAGAGGAGAUGCAUACAUCUGGCAGAGCAGCAGCUGGAACUGAAGAGCAGAAAACGAUAUUUGUACAAUGGGGCACAAAACUGAUUAUUCAGACUAGGAUGUCUACAGAAACCAGACGAGAGCAGCUGGUGUCAAUCGGGCUGAUUUCACCCUUCA